AAGAAAAUGAAUGGAUAGUUGGGAAAAUCAAUGAAAGAUCAAAAGUAAUGAAAGGCCGAGAGAAACAGAGGGGAGGACUCCGGAAAACCUAAAGCCAACAAGCUGCAGCAGUUUAAUUUCUCGUCAAACAAGCAAUGGAGACAUGCACAAAAGACCCUGUUAAUUCCGAAGAAGAUGCUUCUAAUGAUGAUAAUCCCGUUUCUGUUAUUAUUUCCAACCCAAAAGUUCUCGAUUGCUACAACUGUUUGCAACCCUUAACUAUUCCAGUUUUUCAGUGUGAUAAUGGUCAUACUGUUUGCUCUACCUGUUGUCCUCAACUUAGGAACAAGUGUAUCAAGUGUUCAUUACGCAUUAGCUCAAAACGUUGUAAAGCCAUAGAGAAUAUUCUGCAAUCUAUGGAAUUGUCAAGUCCAACUGAAGAACAUGUUUAUCGGGAAACAAUAAGUUAUUGUGGAAAGAGAAAGCAUGAAGAAGAAUGCACCUAUGCACCAUGUUACUGUCCCCUUUCAGGUUGCAACUUUGUUGCUUCAACAUAUUUUUUGUCCGACUAUUUCCGCCGUAAACAUGGGGAUUCUUUGAUCAAAUUUUCUUAUGGUCACUUCUUCAUUGUCUCCUUGAAGUCCAAUGAUGAAACCACUAUUCUUCAUGAAGAAUAUUCUGGCAAAUUGUUUAUUCUCAAUAAUAGUACUACCCUUUUGGGAAAUUCAGUCAGUAUUAGCUGCAUUGGUCCUAAGUCUUUUGAGGUUGAAUAUGUUUACGAUAUAUUGGCUAGGUUCAAAAACUGCAGUCUAAAAUUGCAUUCUUUGUUGAAGAACGUCCAGAGUGUUACUCUAGCAAGUCAAUCAUCAGAUUUCCUUGUGAUUCCAUCUUGUUAUUUUGGUUCUUCUAAAUUUGUCAAGCUAGAAAUUUGCAUAACCCCCAAGAUAAAAAUCUUUGUAUUUGAUCAUACUCGAAAGAGGAUAUCCCUGAAGGUGGAGAGUUCAGACACCAUAGCCAAUGUGAAGGAGGAGAUUUUUGAUAAGAAUGGGAUCCCAGUCUACAACCAACGCCUAAUCUUUUACGGUAAACAAGUAGAUGACCUCCGCACCAUUGCGGAUUACAAAAUCCAUGAUUAUUCAACCCUCAACCUCGUCUUCCGCCUUGGUGGUCCACCAUUAUCAUGAAGAAAAUCAUCCUAUAAGUAGUCAAAUCAUAUAUUAUUGAUAACUGUUAAGAGUUCCACAUCGGAAAAAGGCUUUCUUCGACUUUUGCUCUUAUUUAAUUUCUUUCUCAUGUUCUAUAAUGAUGUUUUGUUUGGCAUAAUUUUCUGCAAUUGAAGAAACUGAUAUAGUUUUCAAUAUUAGCUGAUAUUGUAGAGUAAUUCUUACAUUGGGUACAUGCAAUGACUCUUGCAGUAGAAUCAGAUUUAAGCUUCUUUGGUGUCCAAAGGAUUUGGUAGUCACACUCAUCUAAGCAUAGGUGGUUGUAUGCAUGUUU